UCUUCCGCGUCGGGUGGAUGUUAGCAGUUUUGUGGUCGGCUCUUACAGCUCAGGUUCAUCUUUAUUUGAUUUCCUGUUGAAGAGGAGUGAGAAAAUUAUAUCCUGAUGGAUAUUGUUGUGCGUUGACAUCGUGCAUUCCAACGAUGUAGAGUGGAAUGAGUUUGAUUGGGGUUUGUGUCUGUUUGAAACUCCGCGGGGAAAGUGUUUGUUGUAGGAGUUGAAGCAAAUUUUCAAUUAUUUUGGUUGAAUUCAACGUGGUGAUAAUUAUAAUUGUCCAGUUGGUUAAAGAUUCAAUACAAGUGGAAACAGAAGAAAUAGGUUUUUGGCGCGUUUGCGCGCAGUCCUCUACCAUUCCGCCAUUGGACGUACCGUGAAUGGUUGGUUGUGAUCGAUAGCAGCGCCCACCGCCGGAAGGAGAGUGGCGAAAAGUUGGAUGAAAAGCGUGUCAUGUACACAAAGCAGUACUUGCUGGGUUAAGAAGAACGGAUGCAUUGCCCUUUCAUCGGCACUGUGGAUCAAGAAGCAACUGAAGAAACGUAAUAUACCGGUUCAAGCAGAAAUCCUUUUUAGGAAAUGCGGUGGUAUGAAGUUAUGCUGAAAAGGAGAGUGCUUGCUGUAAGCGAGGAAGAGUUGAAUGAAAAAUAAGUCCACGGAGAAAUGGCUAAACGUGUGUAGUGUAACAUAACAGAAAAGAAAGCACUGCAUGAAAUAUUAACGAAGCUCGAGAAUAGAAGAGCAGAGUGGAAGUAGGCAAAUUAAAGCCUUACUGGAGUUUGUUGUGUUUUUGAAGCCAAAAAGGAGACGGUUGUCGAUACGCUACAUUAGAAGCAGUAUUUACUCAUACUACUGCAGAGUAACGACCUUUAACAGUUGAACAAGGAAUACUUUUGUACGCUGGAGGUAUUCCCGUUGAAAGUGUGUUCAUUCUUAUGCUGCGAUAAGAGUGAAUGUUAUAAAUAAUCUAUUGAGGGACUUGAGGUGGAUUAUUUCUUGCAUAGAACGUCUGUUGGACGAGGCAAACCGAAACCAGUGUUGGAAAGACUCGAUUGAAUGGGAUUUUCGUGCUGCACAGGACCUGCCAUCAACUACGCUAUAGCGGAGGUCCGCGUUCGGUUAACUGAUGCAGAAGUGAAAUUUUAAUUAUUACUAGAAGUUAACCUCCUGCCGGCUGGUCUAUUUCUGCACUUUUGCGUGCCGGCAGGCCAAAUAGUCAAUAGUUCUACCGGACGGAAGCGUGCAACGAAGCAGAAGUAAGGCAACAGUAACAAUAUUAGCAGAUGAACCUGGAACAUCUCCGCGCGUAGGAUUCGUGCAGUAUACAGCGCUAGAUAACGACAACGACAGUGGCGCAAGUUGCAUGCUGUAAAAGUUUUUCGCAUGCACCAGACUCAUCGAAAUGCGAAACACGUGCUGAGCGGCGAAGAAAAGUGUAUCGCGGCAGCAGCAGCAGUUAUGAAAAUUAAUUGAAUACAGAUUUUCCUGGUGGCGGUGAGAGUGCUAAAAUUUAUAAUUAAAUUAGUGUGGAUAAUAGUUUUUUGGGCUGCUGGAGAGAUCUGCUUCUAGUAGUGGACUGUCUGGUCAAGCUGUUUGCCUACCUGUCGAUGUGCAUUUUAGCGUAAAAAUUCGUGCAGAAUGUGUGGCAUUCAAUAAUGAUCAUAAAGGCCAAACGCAACACAAUGCCGCGGUUUGUGAGUGAGGAAAUCCAAACAAAUAAUCGCUAAUAAGCUAAAAGUGUGAAAUUAUCGCGCACCAUUCCGGGUAGUUGUUUCCCGUAUGUACAUAAUUGAAUGAAUUCAGAUUCCCGAAAUUCGUUAUUAAAAAAUAAAAUUAAAUAAUAAAAUCGGAAAAGCAGAGGUGCAAAGCUUAAUGCGUGGUGUGCCAAAAUGGCAAGUGCCCGAUACUGGUCCAUACCACCGUUUAAAAUGUUAGUUUUGACUGUGCUUUUACUGACCCUCGCCGGGCAAUCCCUGUGCGAACCGUAUGGCGGUGGACACUAUGGGUUUAAUGGCGAGAUGGUGCGGUGUCCCCGGCUUUGUUCCUGCACCGCCCAAACCGUGGAUUGCUCACACCGAGGACUGACGCAGGUGCCGAGGAAGAUCCCUGUGGAUACCGAUAGAUUAGAUCUACAAGGCAACAACAUCACUGUCAUCUAUGAAUCAGAUUUCCAGGGUCUGUCAAAGUUGCGAAUAUUGCAACUGACGGAUAAUCAAAUCUACACGAUAGAGAAGGAUGCCUUAUUGGAUCUCUUAUCGCUGGAACGAUUACGACUUAAUAGCAAUCGCUUAAAAUCAAUACCAGAUAAUUUUUUAUCGAGCGCUGCUAAUUUAUUACGAUUAGACCUCUCCCAUAAUGUCCUCACUGCUAUCCCAAAGCGAGCAUUCAAGGGUGCCACAUCACUCCGCAGUCUACAGCUGGACAACAACCAAAUCACCUGUCUGGACGAGCAAGCCGUCAAAGGAUUGGCGGAGCUGGAAAUACUGACAUUGAACAACAACAACAUUACAACCCUGCCUCGAGAUAUGUUCACCGGAAUGCCCCGUUUGCGCGCCUUGCGUCUUUCGGAAAAUCCAUUCGCGUGCGAUUGUCAUCUGUCGUGGCUGGCACGGUACUUGAAAAAUGCACCACGCCUAGCGCCGUACACGCGAUGCCACUCGCCCAGCCAACUCAAGGGCCAGAUCGUGGCCGAUCUACACGACCAGGAGUUCAAGUGCUCAGGUCUGACAGAGAACGCACCAAUGGAAUGCGGCGGUAGGAGUCUGUGUCCGCAUCCGUGUCGAUGCGCCGAUGGUAUCGUGGACUGUCGUGAAAAAAGCCUGACUAGCGUGCCGUCCACUCUGCCAGAAGAUACCACAGAAUUGCGGCUAGAGCAAAACUACAUCACCGAAAUUCCCCCGAAAGCGUUCGCCAGCCACCGAAGGCUAAAGCGGAUAGAUUUGUCUAAUAACAACAUUUCACGCGUUGCCUACGAUGCCUUCAGUGGUCUGAAAUCGCUUACAUCGCUUGUCCUUUAUGGCAAUAAAAUUAAGGAUUUGCCGGCAAGUGUUUUUAAGGGAUUAACUUCGCUCCAGUUGCUUCUGUUGAACGCCAACGAAAUCACAUGCGUGCGGAGGGACGCCUUCAAGGACCUGCAGAAUCUCAGUCUAUUGUCGCUGUACGAUAACAACAUACAAACGUUGGCCAACGGCACGUUCGACUCGCUCAAGAGCAUUCAAACUUUGCACUUGGCACGUAAUCCCUUCAUUUGCGAUUGUAAUCUACGGUGGUUGGGUGACUAUUUGCAUCAGAAUCCAAUCGAAACCAGUGGAGCCCGCUGUGAUUCACCCAAACGGAUGCAGCGUCGCCGCAUAGAAGCACUGAAAGAUGAGAAAUUUAAAUGCACGGAUGAUUUAAGUAAAACCAUAUAUGCUGGCGAGUGUCGGAUGGAUCAGGAAUGCCCUGCGGCGUGUCAUUGCGACAGAACAACGGUGGAUUGUUCGGCUCGCGGACUGAAAGAAAUUCCAAGGGAUAUUCCUCUGUACACCACUGAACUUUUACUCAACGACAAUGAACUGAACCGAAUACGAUCGGACGGCCUGUUUGGUCGUUUGCCCAAUUUGGUCAAGCUUGAUUUACGUCGAAACCAGAUUGUAAACGUCGAACCAAACUCAUUCGAAGGCGCUACUAAAAUACAGGAGCUAUACAUGAGCGAAAAUAAAAUAGCAGAGGUCUACAAUAAAAUGUUUCUAGGACUGCAUCAACUAAAAGUAUUAUCACUGUAUGAUAACUUGAUCACCUGUGUAAUGCCUGGAUCAUUCGAGUUUCUUUCAUCCUUAUCUCAGCUAAACCUUGCUUCAAAUCCGUUCCGCUGUAACUGCCAUUUGGGUUGGUUCUCGGAUUGGUUGCGCAAAAAACAGCUCGGAGGUCCUCCGGCUCGAUGUGCGUCACCUGUCAAGGUACGCGAUGUCCCCGUGAGAGAUUUGCCACACUUUGAGUUUAAAUGUUCUUCGGAUGCUGACCAGGGUUGCCUUGGAGAAGGCUACUGUCCGCCCUCCUGUACAUGUACUGGAACCGUCGUCCGUUGCUCUCGAAAUAAAUUGAAAGAAAUUCCCAAAUCUAUUCCUGCCGAAACGACCGAACUCUAUCUGGAGUCCAAUGAUAUAUCAAUGGUUCACACUGAACGAAUCAGUCAUUUAAAAUCACUUACUCGAUUAGAUCUCAGUAACAACAAAGUGAGCAUGUUGUCCAAUUAUACAUUUGCAAACCUUACUCGCCUAUCUACGCUUAUCAUCAGCUAUAACAAUCUACAGUGUGUCCAGCAGCAUGCGUUAGCUGGAUUGAAAAGUUUGAAGGUCCUGUCUCUACAUGGAAAUCACAUUUCCAUGAUUCCCGAUGGGUCGUUUGUUGAUCUUCAAUCGAUCACGCAUAUUGCCCUUGGCAGUAAUCCUCUCUAUUGUGAUUGUUCCCUCAAAUGGCUUUCCGAGUGGGUUAAACGGGACUAUGUUGAACCCGGUAUCGCACGUUGUGCCGAACCUGAGACCAUGAAGGAUAAACUUGUGUUAUCGACACCAGCCAGUCAAUUUGUUUGCAAAGGCAAAGUGAAUAAUGAAAUUCUCUCUAAAUGUGAUGCAUGUUACACCUUCCCUUGCAAGAACAAUGCUGCCUGCAAAGCUCUACCCGAAAGGCAGUAUGAGUGUCAGUGUCCUCCAGGAUAUCACGGCGCUCACUGUGAAUUAAUGAUUGAUGCGUGCUACGGAAAUCCAUGCAGAAACAACGGCACAUGUACGGUACUUGAAGAGGGCCGCUUCAGUUGCCAGUGCGUCUCGGGUUAUUCAGGAGCGCGAUGUGAAAUCAACAUCGACGAUUGCACGAAUCACAAAUGUGCAAAUAAUGCCACAUGUAUGGAUGGAGUCAACUCUUACAGUUGCGCAUGUCUACCCGGUUAUACUGGACCAUAUUGUGAGUCGAAAAUCGAAUUCUGUGGCAAAGAUUUCAACCCAUGCCAGAAUGAAGCUAAAUGCGUUGAUCACUCUACGCACUACAGUUGUGAAUGCAUCCCAGGCUAUCGUGGUAUCAACUGCACAGAAAACAUUGACGAUUGUGUCAACCAUAUGUGCCAGAAUGGCGGAACCUGUAUCGAUGGUAUCAACGAUUACAUGUGUAAAUGUCCUUCUGAGUUUACUGGGAAAUUUUGUGAAGGAACUCCAAUGGUCGCAAUGCUUUACCCGCAAACUUCUCCUUGUCAGCAGCACGAGUGCAAAUUUGGCGUUUGCUUUCAGCCGAAUCCCACUAGUGCUGAUUACAUUUGCAAGUGUGCUCCGGGGUAUUCUGGCAAGCGAUGCGAGUAUCUAACCAGCUUGACGUUCUUGCAUAAUAAUUCAUUUGUGGAGCUCGAACCACUAAGGACGAAACCAGAAGCAAACGUUACAAUCGCCUUCAGCAGCACCCAACAGAACGGCGUUUUGAUGUACGAUGGUAACAAUGAACAUCUAGCAGUAGAGUUGUUUAAUGGUCGCAUUCGUGUAAGUUAUGACGUGGGAAACUAUCCGGUCUCUACUAUGUAUAGUUUCGAGAUGGUGGCUGAUGGAAAAUAUCACCUUGUGGAGCUGAUUGCAGUGAAAAAGAAUUUCACCCUACGGGUAGAUCGCGGAUUAGCGAGAUCCAUUAUCAAUGAAGGCACAAAAGAUUAUUUAAAACUAACCAGUCCAAUGUUUCUGGGAGGAUUACCGCCUGAGCCGGGUCAACAGGCCUACAAACUCUGGCAUCUUAGAAAUCUUACCAGUUUCAAAGGCUGCAUGAAAGAGGUAUGGAUUAAUCACAAACAGGUUGACUUUUUGAAUGCAGCUCGUCAGCAAAAAGUUACACCUGGUUGUGCCCUGCUGGAUGCCGAAAACGAAGGAGAAGUAGAUGAUGACUUUAUGCAGGAAACACCAAUGAUAGUCAAAGAGGUUGACCCCUGCGAGAAUCAUCAGUGCAAGCGGGGUGGUAAAUGUAUACCCAACGGGAAGGGUAGCUAUUCCUGCAAGUGUAAGAACGGUGCCAAGGGCAAAUUCUGUGACCAAGGUGAGGGCUCGGUAUCGGUAGUCGUCGAUGAGGAUCCCUUCAAAGCUCCCUCUUCCGGUUCGUCCACUUGCCGCAAAGAGCAAGUGCGAGAGUACUACACCGAGAACGAUUGUCGAUCCCGGCAACCACUGAAGUACGCAAAAUGCGUAGGUGGCUGCGGGAAUCAGUGUUGCGCAGCCAAAGUUGUACGACGAAGAAAAGUACGCAUGGUGUGUAGCAACAAUACCAAAUACAUCAAGCACCUUGAUAUCGUGCGCAAAUGCCAUUGUACAAAGAAAUGCUACUGACUGCAAGACGCGACUACCCAAACAACAUCAACACCAAUACCAGAAACAACAAC